UAUUCAAUUACUAUUUACCCUAAAGCUCUUCAAGGAUGCAUAGUUGGGGACUUGCUGACAGGAAAGCGCUAUUUGGCGUUUCAAAGUGUCGGAACACUACUGGACUCGCUGCGCCAUGUCGCCGGGUUGCAAAGCCGGUACCGAAACUGGCUCCUUUACAUCGCCAGUCUAAGAAUGGCCAUUCCAGAACGUCGCUUCGGUACAUGAUGCCGCAUGUCGGCGACGUCCUGCCCCCGGGAAGCGACAAGAAGUUCCUUGAGGAAAGCCGCUACACGAAGGAGUCCGGGUUACAGCCUCAAGUCGUAUACCGCAACUUGUCUGUACCGCAGCUAUAUGAGCUGGCCCUUGCUCUCGAGCCAGGCACUUACAUCACUUCCACGGGAGCGCUAGCCACCAGAUCAGGCGAAAAGACGGGUCGCUCUCCCAAGGACAAGCGCAUCGUACGCGACCCCGACACCGAGCGCGAGCUGUGGUGGGGUCCCUACUCGCCCAACUACGUGAUGGACGACCGCACCUUCCUCACCAACCGCGAGCGCGCAGUGGACUACCUCAACACGCAGCAGCGCGUGUUCGUGGUGGACGCGUUCGCCAACUGGGACCCCGCCAGCCGGCUCAAGGUGCGGGUGGUGUGCAGCAGGGCCUACCACGCGCUCUUCAUGACCAACAUGCUCAUAAGGCCCAGCGAGCAGGAGCUGGCAGAAUUCGGGGAGCCGGACUUUGUGAUCUACAACGCGGGCGCCUUCCCCGCCAACAAGUACACCAACUACAUGACCAGCCAGACGUCCAUCGACCUGAGUCUGAAGCACCGCGAGAUGGUCAUCCUGGGGACCAUGUACGCGGGGGAGAUGAAGAAGGGAGUGUUCACGCUGAUGCACUACCUGAUGCCCAUGCAGGGCAAGCUGUCGCUGCACUCGGGGUGCAACGUGGGGGCGGCGGGAGACGUGACGCUGUUCUUCGGACUCAGCGGAACCGGCAAGACCACUCUGUCGGCGGACCCGCACCGCCCGCUGAUUGGCGACGACGAGCACGUGUGGGGCGACAACGGCGUGUUCAACAUCGAGGGUGGCUGCUACGCCAAGUGCAUCGGACUGCGCCCCGAAACCGAGCCCGAGAUCUGGGACGCCAUCCGCUUCGGCACGGUGCUUGAGAACGUGGACCUGGACCCCUGCUCGCGGCAGGUGGACUUCUCCUCGCAGCGGCUCACGGAGAACACGCGCGCCGCCUACCCCAUCACCCACAUGCGCGGCGCGCACCUGCCCUGCACCGCCGGCCACCCGCGCAACGUGGUGCUGCUGGCGUGCGACGCGUUCGGCGUGCUGCCGCCCGUGAGCCGACUCAGCCCCGAGCAGGCCAUGUACCACUUCAUCAGCGGCUACACGGCCAAGGUGGCGGGCACGGAGGUGGGCGUCACGGAGCCGGUGGCAACCUUCAGCGCGUGCUUCGGGUCCGCAUUCCUCAUGAUGCACCCAUACAAGUACGCCAUGAUGCUGGCUGACAAGAUGGCUCAGCACGGCACCACCGCCUGGCUCGUCAAUACAGGCUGGACGGGCGGAAAGUACGGUGUUGGCCGGCGCAUCCCGCUGCGCACCACCCGCGCCAUCAUCGACGCCAUCCACAGCGGCGAGCUGGACUCCGUGCCCUUCGAGCCCACGCCGGUGUUCGCGCUGCAGGCGCCCACCCGCGUGGCGGGGGUGGCGCCCGAGCUGCUGCGCCCGGAGGCCACCUGGGCCGACCCGCAGCAGUUCGCGGCCACACUCAACCGGCUGGGACACAUGUUCGUGCGCAACUUCGAACACUUCAGCGACGGUGAUGCGUUCAUGGACCCCGAGCUGGUACAGCGCAUCCGCAACGGGGGGCCCAAGCCGGAGGGGCCCGCACCAGCUGCACAGGCGCCGCCACCGGCGGCGGCCAAGGCGGCCAACUAACCACCCACCCGACUAACCAACCGGCUAUCUGCGUGGCGUCGUGCCGUCGUGUGUUGGGAGUUGGAGUAGUUGCGUGGGCAUGCCGGCGGCGUGAUUGCAUGCGUACGUGCGUCUGCUAGGAUGUGCCGUGCGUGCGUCUGCUAGGAUGUGCCGUGCGUGCGUCUGCUAGGAUGUGCCGUGCGUGCAUCUGCUAGGAUGUGCCGUGCGUGCGUCUGCUAGGAUGUGCCGUGCGUGCGUCUGCUAGGAUGUGCCGUGCGUGCAUGCAUGCGUGCUACGAGGUUAGGAGAGUGUUUGUUAGGUGAAGUCGUCGCAUGGGGUCGUGGCUUGUGGGUGCUGCGUGGGGUCUGCGUGGGGAUUGAUGGAGCCUACCCCUAGAGCUCAUCCUUGCUCCCAUCUCAAUGGGAUAGUUGUAGUAGUCGGUUUGAUGGCGCACAACGUGCGAGCGUGUCGAGCGCACGUUGGGGCAUUAAUGACCUUUUACCCUUUUGAAGAUAUUUUUUGACAAAGCUGCUGCAGGGAAUGUUGUUUGCGAACAUGGCUAAAGCAAGAAUGGCAUGUUGGAAUGUUGGAAGCUCAUGGCAUUAUGGAUUAGUCGUGGACGUGUAGUGUAAGAAACAGGGUGCGGGGGUCGUUUGGAAGCGAGGACCACGCUGGAGGUCGUGUGGCAACACAGGCUGGCGUUUUAGUACGUACGGCACACAAAGGAGGGAGGAGCUCCCAUAUACGGACCAGGCUGAAAGCAGCUGGGUUACUCUUGAAUAAACAUCUGCCUGUAGACUUUUACGGUUGGGUCGCCUUGAGCUGACAAAUUGGGGUUGUAGUGUUCUAUAUGACAUUAUUAUCGGACCUGCUCCUUUGUACUCCCAUAUGUUUCGGCUGCGUUCUCGGUUGCGUGCGUGUUUGAUGUUCCCUGCUAUAAGAGAUUGCAGGAGUGCGUCCGGUUGACACACACGCCCGCUUGCCAUUCCCAUUUCCAACAGCGAUUUCAGGGCAGGUGAAGUGGCUGGGCCAUGCCGUGGUGUUCUUUGUCGCUGUGUGCCCGCUUGUCGCGAAUGAAUAAAUGGUUCUUGGUUGUACGGAACCGAAUCCGCCCAUGGAAAGAUAUUUCCAUGUUGUACCAACCGCUGCGGGGUCUUGGGAUUUGCUAUUACAUCCCAACAGGACCGCCUCUAAGACGUGGGUUCGGGCUUUGUAUAUGUUUGUAUAAGAUGCGUUGGAUGCUAGUCUAUGCAAGUCCCAAGCGUGGACAGCUGUUGGGGCCUUUGCGGCUACACAGCUGUUGUGUGUACCCUUGGUUCACUGCCUGGUUCCGGAUUUGUUACUUUGGAAGGAACGUGUGUAUGCGUGCCGUUUUGCGCGUUGUACGUUGCAUUGUGUUGUAGUCUUCUUUACGGCGGCACCGCUGUGUGGCGUAGCGUUGUCAGACAAUCGGACCUGUGUCGGGGAAAGGAGGAGGGUUGUCGGAUUGCAACUGAGCAACCGAGUGUAUACCAAGCAAAGGAAGCCAAACCGGUCACAAUGGAAUGACUUUCACCAGCCCAAAAGCGAAGGCAGCUGGCUGGCAUGUAUAUUGUUCUUUAAUCUCUUG